GGCGAUGUCACCAACGGUCCAGCUAAUUGCAAGUCUUCAACAUCAGACUUAUUGCUCUUCUUCUUCAAAAGUCCACCAUCGACGCUGGCCCAGUUGUGAGUGCAGCUCCCGCCCUGGACGUGUAACAUUGUAUCCCCACGGAGGACUUCCUGAUUCAGGCCGCUCAAGCAACAUCACAUCAUCUCCGCUCCCAUGGCUUAACGAACGGUUCUGCGAAACCACGACUUCCUCCCCAGGGCCGCGAUGGGUUCGGUAUCGCCUGACGAUAACCCGCACGCGACGUUCAAAUUCCCGCCGUUCCAGCCCGAUCUCCUCCCCACGCAUGAAGAGGAGCCCUUCGGCAUCAGCUCCUCGCGCACCCCUAGCCCGAAUCGCAUCGCGCAAACGGUUGGCAGCGCGCUCCCCUCCGAUCGAUGGCAGCCGCGCAGGGAGCAGAGGCAUGGGUAUAUGAAUGGCUCAGCGCAUGCUUCUGCCUCCCGACAUGGCAGGCAAAAGAGUCUAAGCGAGGCACUCAGGACGAUACGGACGCGGAAAGCGAGCGUUAGCCAGAGUGCGCAUGAGAUUGCGGACGCACUUAAGGCGCCGGUGUCCCCAACUCUCAUUAUGCUCUGCGGCAUUUGGUACAUGACGUCCAUCUUCUCCAACACCUCGUCGAAGGCCAUCCUCACCGCUCUCCCGAAGCCCGUCACACUCACAGUCGUACAAUUCGCUUUUGUCUCCGGAUGGUGCCUCUUCCUUGCCGCCAUGGCCAGGAAAUAUCCGCGUUUGAAGCAGACCAUGCCCUUUCUGAAAUAUGGAAUCCGCCCGCCGACUAAAGAACUUGUGAUGACCACGCUACCCCUAGCGCUAUUUCAGGUCGGAGGACAUAUCUUGAGCUCAGACGCUACGAGACGCAUACCUGUGUCGUUGGUCCACACCAUAAAGGGGUUGUCGCCCCUUCUAACAGUGUUUGCAUACAGAGUAUUCUUCCAGAUUCGAUAUUCGAUUCCAACCUACCUCUCACUCAUACCUCUUACCCUGGGAGUGGUAAUGGCUUGCUCGGCGGACUUCAAUGCCAACUUUAUGGGCCUGGUGAUGGCAUUCGCAAGCGCCAUCCUCUUUGUAACGCAAAACAUCGUCUCCAAGAAGAUCUUCAAUGAAGCCGCUGCUGCUGAAAAGGACGGCCUUCCUCCAACACGAUUUACCAAGCCGGACAAGCUCAACCUGCUAUGCUAUUCCUCCGGCCUUGCCUUCCUAUUCACGUUCCCGCUAUGGCUCUGGUCUGAAGGCUUCACGCUUCUAGGCGACUUCCUCCAUGACGCCUCAAUCGAGCUCUCAGAGCGCCCCGGUUCCUACGACCAUGGACGCCUAGUCCUCGAGUUCCUUUUCAACGGCACUUUUCAUUUCGGUCAGAACAUUGUGGCCUUCAUCCUACUGUCCAUGGUAUCUCCGGUCACCUACUCCGUCGCCAGCCUUAUCAAACGCGUCUUUGUCAUCGUAUUUGCAAUCACCUGGUUCGGGAAGCCUAUGACCAAACUGCAGCUCUGCGGCUUCUUUCUCACUUUCCUCGGUCUCUACCUCUAUGAUAGGACAUCCGAUGCUGCGAAGAAAGAUAAGCAGGCACGGGCCCUACAAGCGAAAGCCCAAGGUCCGCUAUUACCACUUACGACGGACAAGCUACCCCGUCCAGCAUUUACCGCGAGCCCAGCAACGAUGUCCGCCGGCACUGGAGCGUACCCAAUGUCAAAUGCACCCAUAGAAACAAGGGAUGAGAAGAGGAAUGAUGACACGGGGCCCGGUCGGCCGGGCGGUGGGUCAAACCAGCCGAGCUGGUUGCCUCCCGGAACGAAGCAGGAAGAGACAUGGCGGCCUAAUGGAAUGAAUGGGAGGGCCGGAGGCGUUAGUGUGACUUACGGGUAGUAUGAUUCUGUUUUCGAUUGGGUGGGCGUCCUGCCUGCGACAUGUUGUAUAUCUAUAUGCAUUUAUCUGAUGACCGGGCGGUAUAGAGACUUUACAAGCUUAGAGGCAUGGAUAGGCGUUUUAAUCCCGGGUGGUGUAUCAGGCUGGGAGGGGGUUGGAUUUCAUGAUGAGCAUGCGGGUGUGGUGUUGGCGGUGAAAUCUAGCAAUGCCAGAGCCAAAGGCGCCAACUCUUCUACUCCAAUACAAAUACAUAUUGGU